GUCUUUAAACGUGAGUGUGCAUUGGAUUGUGCUGGUAUUUGGAAGUGCAGCACAGACUAGACAUAAAUAAAUUUGUUGGUAGCGCUUAAAACUUGUGUUGUAUUCUUGUUUCAGUCUGAUGUUCUGCACUUCGUUCUUUAAAUCUAUCUUCAAAGGCUGUGAUCUUAGUAGUAACACGGGCAUUGGAAUAAUGGAUUAUUCGAGCAUGGAGUGGUUGAACUCUAUUAUCUCAUCUUGGUACUACGUUAACAACGACCAGGUUCACGAGCUCGUAAAGACGGUUCUAGAGAAAGAACUGAACAAUCUUACACCAGACAUCAUUGAAAAAAUCUCUUUAGAAGAAUGUACAUUUGGAUCAGACACUCCGCAAAUAAAGGGUAUAAAGACCAGGGUAGUAGAGAUGCCUUGUUUGAAAGCUGGAAAACAACAGAAAGUUGUUAUUGAUCUGAUCCUCUCAAUUGACGCUCCAGACUUUGAGUUCAGACUGGCUGUCAAGGUGCCCAUGUUAACGCUAAGAGCUGCUGUACAGAAACUGAGUUUUAUGGGGAAUCUGAGAAUCACUGUACUCUUCUCUGACCAAGUGUCAUUCCCAGGGAUUCAGAACCUUUGUAUCACAUUUACUGAUAGGCCAGAGCUUGGAUUUAAUGUGGAAUUACUGGAUGCGAUAGAUAUCGACGCUUUUGGAAUUGACAAAUUAAUAUCGGACGUUAUUGAGGAUGUUCUGUCUAAACAGCUGGUUUACCCUGGUAGACUAUACGUGGACGUGUCUAAAGUGGGUGCGAGGGGAGGGGUGGACGUGGUCAUGAUGCCCAGGAUGUCGGACCAGCACCCUGGUGUUGUUACCACCAAGGUCCAAGUCAGCAGAAUCACUAGAACUACAGAAACAACGGAUAUAGAGAUAUCCGCUAAACUUGGCAAUGAGGAGGAGAAGAAGUCGAUUGAACUGAUGAUUGACGAUCAGAUUAUGAACCACAACUUCCUCAUCAGCGACUUUGAUGCACAGGAUCUGCUAGUGAAAGCCUGGGAGAGUCGUCUGAUAUUCAAGGACAUACAGUACGGUUCCGUUAAAGUGGACCUGGCUGACAUGGAGUUCACACUGCCCAGUGUCACAGAAACUUUCUCUAACGAGGAUAAGAAUGUAAAGGUGACCGUGGAGGUGAAAGCGUAUCUGUUACCACUGAUAGCACUGGUUCAGAAGGGGGUCCAAGUUGAGGACUAUCAGACCAAGUUUAAUGUAGGAUGCUCGGCACCUCCUGAUCUUAACACUGGGGUGCUGUAUGUACAUAUUCACCGGGCAGCUGGUAUUCCUAAAACUGACGACAAUUCAAAAGCAGAUCCUUUUGUAACCGUGUACUACAAUGGCAAAGAGAUAUUUAAAACUAAGGAAGUGUCUAACUCGGACUCCCCGAUAUUUAACGAAUGGACUGAGCUACUGACUGAGUCGUUUGUCGGAUCUGAACUGACUUACAAGUUGGACGAUAACGAUGUUUGGCCAAACAGUAACGAUCCUAUCGGAGCUACUUCCAUGAAACUUACCAAGGAGGAUGUAAGAAAGGUGAACACAGCACUUAAACUGGAUACGCAGAGAAAAGACGCAACAGAAGACAUUUUGCUUUAUGUCUCAGUGGUUUUCCGUCCUGUUCCUCUUGUUUAACUUUAGUUAAACUUCUAUUAUUUUCAGAUCUUCAGACUUUUCAGCUAAAUUAUCAAUAAGUUAAACGGUCGUAUUGUCGUCAAGUUUUAUUAAUUUUUCCAAAUUUAGUCAUGAAAUAAGUUCAGAUUUCUUUUGUCGCAGCAACAUAUUACACUUUUCUUUAUUUUCCUUGCUUUUCGACUAUGAACUGUUUUAUUUUCCUAUGAUUGUGAUUGGUAUCUCCAUUCGACUUCGCGUGAUCAGAUUAAUUCGUCGCAGUGUACCUUAUCUUACAUUUAAUUAGUUACUUAAGCUUCAGUACAACUCAAACUUUAAUUUUAAAAUGUAAUUAAACUGUUGUUUCUUUUUCUUAUUUAAAAUGUUUUAUCUUUUCUGUAACUUGUACUCUUGUAGUUGAGGGGUUAUCAUUGCAUGUAUUAUUGAUAGUUAACGAAAUAACUUUUCCGCUUGAAUAAUGAAUCUUUGGUAUUUAAAGUUUUAAUGCAAUUAAUUUGA